CACUGCAUAGACAAUCUGCUCGCCUAGGAAAGGGUUCACAACUUCUAGCCUCUAACGAUGGCGGUUGUAAGUGUAGCAGCGUGGCUCGCGCCUAUGAACCUGGCUAUCGUGGCUCUAGCCCUGUUUGUUGGCUACUUGCUACUGAGACCAAACCGCUGGCGAGGUAACCCACCGCCCGGCCCCAGCGGGUGGCCCGUCGUCGGCAGCAUGUUCGAACUCGGCAAACGACCGGAGAUAUUUUUCAACAAGAUGUCGGAGCGAUACGGAAAUAUAUUCAGCUUAAACUUGGGCCUUAGGCGCGUAGUUGUUGUCAACAGCUGCGAGACGUGGGCAGAGGCUAUCGUAGAGAAGGGGCACAUCUUUGCCGACCGGCCCGACCUUUUAUCUUUCAAGCUACAACAAGAUGGGGACCAAAGUCUCGGUGUGGCAUUCACAAGAGCUUCGGAAAUGCAACGCAAGAAAAUCAAAUUCGUUCGUGCGGCUUUGAAUCCGGUCAUCCCUGAAGUCGCCGAGAGGUUUAACACGAUUAUAGCGAGUGAAGUCGCGUUGCUAAUGCAGGACAUGCGCCGUGUCAUGAUGUACAUUUUUACUUUAAGGUUGGAGCUAGGAUCAUGUCUGCUUGUGGACUGGUUCCCAUCGCUUGCCUACAUUGACAGCGCUGAAGUCAAAGAAUUAAAAAGACUCGUACAAACGAUUGUGGGCUGGCAUAUGAAAAUAGUAAAGGAACACCGGCAGACGUUGAUCGAGUCCAGUCCGCGCGAUUUUCUCGACCACCUACUAAUCCAGCAGCAGAAGGGCAAGCUGAUGGUGUCCGACACCGAUAUCUGCUGUGUGUUAGAUGAUCUACAGAGCGCCGGGUUUGACACCGUCACUGCCAACACCAACUGGGGCAUUCAGCUGCUUGUGCAGAAUCCAGACGUGCAGAAGAAGCUGCAGGCUGAGAUCGACGAGGUCGUCGGCACGGCCAGGGCCUGCUGCCUAAGGCCGCCCUCACCUAUUGUACACUACCUGAACCACAUGGAAACGAAGGCGAUUCGACGUCGGUUAGAGAUAUAA